AUGGGUAUUUUGCUAUGGAUCGGCAUUUUCUUUGUUCAAAGUGUGAUUUGAGGUAUCUGAAAUAACCAACCUCAGGAUUUUACAGUCGAAUCUUAUUCCUAUUCUAACUAUGAUGCAACAAGAUUCACCAGAGCCAUCAUGGGAGACCAAGGCAGCCUCUAUUACUUCGGCAAACUCACCACUGGAACCAGCGAACACGCAUUGGUUGUGAAGUACGACUCUUCAGGCGCGCUAGUAUUCCAGAAAGUAACUGAGACUGUGCCGAUACCGCAAGGAUUCGAAGUAAGCAUGAACGAAACAUUUUUGUUUGCUCUGCUCGGAAUAUCAGGAAGUCCAGGAGGAAUUGUUGUUCAGUAUUCAGGAACAACUGGAGCUAUAAAUUAUGGAACUUACUUGUCAAUUACACCAACUGCAGAUUCGAUUAUUAAGGCAGAUAAUAAUGCAGAGAUUAUUUUAUUCACAGAACCUUCUACUUCUCCAUUGAUUUAUAAGAUUUGCCCAAAAUUAGCAGCAAAGGAUUGAACUUCUUUUGCACUAAAAAUUACUCCUAGUGGGAUGGCUGGGAUUCCACAAAUCGCAUUUGCUGAAAAGACUUAUUAUGGAUAUUGAUACUAUACGGCUGUUGGAAAUACUCAACCCUCUGAUUUGUAUAUCACAAGAUUACAAAAUGACAACAGCAUUAAUCUAACAACAAAAAUAACAUGCCCUGCUACUUCUUGAGAUUACACUUAUUCAGAUCUCAUAUUUGAUGAAACUAGCACGAUUGUUCAUGCUGUUGUGCAGUUCCAUUCCAAAGUGCUGCUCUUUAAGUUCCAAGAAACCACAGCAGUCCAGGAUGGUAUUUUGUAUGCCACAGACAAUAGUUUCACAUGCUCAGGCCCAGUGUCGAUUGCUCAGAGCGGAACCAGCAUUGUGAUCUCGGCCACAUGAACAUCAAUGUAUCUCACAAUAUUCAACACAGAUACGAGUUCAUUCUCCACAACCCUCAAAGUGGUUGACACCUCAUUGACACUGUUCAACGCUUUCGUGAACUCUAGCUAUUUGAAAAUAGUUGGGCACUGGAGUCCAAAUGGAGAACACGGCUACAUCGGAGGGUACAAGACUGGUAACACGACUGUGAACAGUCAGUUUGAAUCAGUUUCGAGUAUUUUUGUGGCAAACUCAAGUUACUCGGUGGUGUCGACUACAUUGAUAUCUGUGCCUACAUCAGCCACCAAUAUUUUUGAUUUACCAAUCACAAAUAAAGAUGAAACAUCAGUCUACGAUAAAAUAGCUCUGAACACAGCUUCAGUAGAUGCUCAAAAAGUCAGCCCUGGUGACUCAGUCAGUGCUGCCUCAUCAUGCUCUAUUGUGCAAGGAACAGGCCUCACAUGCAGCUUGGGACCAUAUCUCGGCCAGGCUGUGCCUUCCUGGGUGACUCUUGAGCCUGCUGGAGAUUCUUGAAAAAUUUCCGAAUCUGCUCCAUCAUCGGAAUCACCAGCCCAGUUUGCUAUCGACUGCGUGUUUGGAACUCUGACGUUGCAAACUCCGGUAUCCCUUACAUUUAGCUCCAGCAGUUCUGGCUCAGAGUCUGAGUGUUCAGUCUCAAACUGCAAAGCUUGCUCUACAGGCUCUUCAGACUUGUGACAAACUUGAGAUGAUGGCUACAAUUUAAUAUCCAAGGGAACAGGCUGAGCAUCAGCACAAGUCCAGACGACCGUGACUGCAAGCUCAGCUACUUUGGCAACAGGAUUUGCAGCAAGCAUGACAUCACCACAAGGGGCAUGGAGCAUGGUGAACCAGAUUCAAGUGCUGAUGUUGAUGCCGUUGACUGAGUGCUAUUUCCCAGCUGAUGUUAUUAGUUUCUUGACUGGAAUGGACUUUGCCUUACUUUCAUUAGAUUUUAUUCCUUUUCCAUCAAUCCCAGGAAUCAAAGAAACCCUUGGGUAUGUUGAUCACGAUCAAACUGACGAUUAUUUUUACGAAAUGCAAAUUAAAUCUGGAAGCACUUUUAUCAACAGCUUCUCAUUCAUCUGAAUCAUCGGUUUCAUAUCCAUAUUCCACUUGUGCUUGUACAUCAUCAAGAAAGAUGUGGAGCUCAAAGUUCCUGUAGAAGAACAAGGGUGGAAAGCGAAGGCUGUGCUCUGGCUCUUCGACUUGCUCACUCUAAACAUUUACAUUCGGUUAUUCAUGGAAGUAUUCUUGCUGAUGAUAUUGUCAAGUCUUAGGGAACUCUACUUUGUGUACAGACUCAGUUCAUCCAACGAGUUCAUUUCAUAUUUCUUGAAUGUGCCCAUUGCAUUUGUUUGGGGUACAUUUGUAGCUGUUUGAAUUUGGCAAUGGAAAAAAUCCAAAAGUCCUCUCAGAUUCGCGAGACAAUAUUAUUUUGUGGAGUUCUUCCAAGGAGUCAGAAACACCUGGAAAGCAAGAGUCUACUCAACCUUGUUCUUAACCAAGCGACUCACUCUGGUAGCUUUAGUGACUCUGGGGGAAGUCUUUCCGAUGCUGGCCAAAGUCAUCAUAUUCAUCAUGAUCCAGUUGUCUUGAUGUAUCACUAUUGUCAUCCUAAGACCCUUCGAAGCUGCCAGAGACAACAUCAUUGAGAUUGUGAACGAAGUAUUAUUCCUAGUCUGAUCAUCUCUGAUGGUUCACUUCAACACAAAAGGAAGAUGGAAGGGUUGGCAUGAAAAAGCGUACAUUAACUUGAUACUAUCGAAUAUUUGUUUGAUUACAUUGAUUUCAAUAAUUUUCUUGCUUAAAGAUAUUUUUGUUUGGAUAAAGAAAAGUCUACGGAAAAAGAGUGUAGUCCCAAAGCCCAUCAAAACAACUUUUCAUAACUAUCCAACUCCACCAAACAAUAAUGGGGUCAAGAUAUCCAAAAAGGAUUCAUGGGUUGGUAAAAGUAAACUGGAAAGCCAAGUUAGUUCAAAAUCAAUGCAAGAUAGAUACAAAGAAGCUAUCUCAAAAGAAAGAGAAGACUUCAUGGCAAAAAGAAACAAAUACGGAGCUGCUAGGAAAUAGUCUAGGAGCGUCUAAACAUUGAGCCUUUAACGUAUAAAACCUCUAAAAAUAUCCUAAUUUUCUGAAUUAAAACCUCACA